AUGGCAGAAGCGGAGUUACAAACCUUCACCUCGAUCAUGGACGCGCUGGUUCGCAUCAGUUCGAACAUGAAGAGCAUGGAGCGGGAGCUGCAUUGCCCGGUGUGUGACGAGAUGGUGAAGCAGCCCAUCCUCCUGCCGUGUCAACACAGUGUGUGUCUGCUGUGUGCGGCUGAGGUGCUGGUGCAAAAGGGAUAUCCUCCACCUGAGCUCCCUCCAGAACCCCACUCGCCGGCCUCCACGCCCAACACCCGCUCCCCGCGUCAGGCACGCAGACCCACGCCGAGGACCCCCGACCGCCUGGAGCGGGUCCUCAGAACAGUGUGCGGGACAUACCCAGGGCGAAGGCGGAAAGACGCCCCUCCCCCCAUGUUGUUCCCAUGUCCUUCCUGUCAGCAGGACGUGGAGCUCGGAGAAAAAGGCCUGACAGAAUGCCUCCGCAACCUCACCCUGGAGCGUAUUGUGGAGAGGUACAGGCAAACGAUAAGUCUGGGCAGUGUGGCCAUCAUGUGUGGUUUCUGUAAACCCCCUCAGGCCUUGGAGGCCACUAAAGGCUGCGCCGACUGUAAGUCCAACUUCUGCAACGAGUGUUUUAAACUGUACCACCCCUGGGGAACUCCCCGGGCUCAGCACGAACACAUCCUACCCACCAACAACUUCAGGCCAAAGGUCCUAAUGUGCACGGAGCACGAGCAGGAGAAACUUCUGUGGUACUGCCGCAACUGCCAGAGGCUGCUGUGUCCGCUCUGCAAGCUCCGACGUGUCCACCAUGGACACAAAGUGUUGCCUAUAGCACAGGCCUACCAGGCCCUCAAGGACAAGGUCAACAAGGAAGUCGACUUCAUCCUGGCCAAUCAGGAGACGAUACAGAGUCAGAUCACUCAGCUGGAGGCAGCCAUCAAACAGACGGAGGCUAACAGCACAGUAGCCCUGCAGCACCUGAUCUACAGUAUCCGGGACCUGGGAGCGGCUGUAGCCGAGCGUCAGGGGGCUUUGGCUCUGGCCGUGGAGGGAUCUCGCAGCAGGAGGGAGGAGGCCCUGUCUGCUCAGGUCUCAGAGAGGCGUGGACUGAUGGAACACGCCGGCCUGAUGGCCUACACACAGGAGCUGCUGAAGGAGACUGACGCACCCUGCUUUGUACAGGCUGCCAGAGUCACUCACAACAGGCUGGUGAAGGCCAUCGAAAACCUGCAGUGUUUCACCUUCGCUGCAGAUUCCUCCUUCAGACAUUUUCACCUGGAUGCGACAAAAGAGGUCAAACUCAUCAACAGCUUGGAAUUCAUCCGUGCUCCAGUGGCUCCAGUCAUCGACACUCAGAAGACAUUGGCUUACGACCAGCUGUUCUUGUGCUGGCGCCUCCCUCAGGACUCGGCCCCAGCUUGGCACUUCUCUGUUGAAUACCAGCGACGAGCGGGAGGAGCCGCAGCCACGUGGGGCGGAGCCAGAUCCCCCAACGCUGAGACGUCAUGGCAGCGCCUGGAUGAAGUGAGAGGGACGAGUGCCGUGGUCGAGCGGCUGCAGAUCGACAGCGUGUAUGUUCUCCGGGUGAGAGGAUGCAACAAGGCCGGGUUCGGAGAGUACAGUGAGGAGGUGUACCUCCACACACCCCCCGCACCUGUGCUGAGUUUCUCCUUGGACUCUCGCUGGGGUUUGCACUCUGACAGGCUGGCGCUGGGUAGAGGCCAGACCUACGCCCGCAGCGUGCCGGGCCUCUCCCUCCUGCAGGUCGCUGACCGCACGCUCACUUCCUGUCACCUGACCUCGGACCUGCUGGUGGCUGACCUGGCCGUCACUAAGGGCCGACACUACUGGGCGUGCUCUGUGGAGCCUGGGUCCUACCUGGUAAAGGUGGGAGUAGGCCAGGAGACGAAGCUACAGGAGUGGUUCAACCUCCCUCAGGACAUGGCCAGCCCUCGCUGUGACCCAGACAGCGGCCAUGACAGUGGAGCAGAAGACGGCCAGGACUCCCCUCCCUUCUGCUUCCUCACCAUAGGCAUGGGCAAGAUCCUGCUCCCACAAGGGCACGGCCACAGUCAGAGCCAGGCGGACAGCCAGAGCCAGAGAGGAGUGCACUCCCACGGCAGCACCCACGGCAACCUGCCUCACCCUCACACGGCUCCUCUGCCGCCCCGACUGGGAGUGUUACUGGACUGCGAUAAAGGACGGGUCACCUUCUACGACGCCCACUCGUUGCGGGUGCUGUGGGAGGCCCACGUGGAUUGCUCAGCUCCGGUGUGUCCGGCCUUCUGCUUCAUCGGCGGGGGGGCUCUGCAGCUCCAGGACCUCGUGGCCAGUCGGAGCGUCGAGGAGCCGCCGCCACGGAGGGUGACCAUCCAGACACGGGCCACAAAUCUGAGCAAGUAA